CAAGCUAAUAACAACCUGCACUGGACCCCGAUUGUCGACCAACAAGGUGAACGCGAUGAGCAUGAUACUAUCAACUAUAUUAAUACUAACGGCUGGAAAUUGGAGUCGAUUGCUAUUAAUGAUACUCGUACCCAGGCCACUGGCACCGGUAGUAACCACCAGCAACAACCACAAAGUAUUUUCGAAAGAAUCUUCAGUGAUAUACUGUCUCACAUUGAGAAAGGACUUGGUGGCAUUAGCCAUAUAUUUAACGGUAUUGGAAAACGAUCAACCAGGUCAGUCAACUCACCAUCGGCAUUAACCACUGUGUCAACUGCCCGCAGCGGACUAAAUGAGGUAGCUAAUAAACGUGGUUUCGUGCUGUCCAAAUCGACAUUUGUGGGAUCGGGACAGUACGCUGGCACCUGGUUAACCAAAAACAGUCAAUGGGCUGAUAUGAGACAGUCCAUUAUCGGCAUGUUGGAGUACAAUUUAUUUGGCAUCCCUUAUGUGGGCGCCGACAUUUGCGGAUCCAAUGGAGUGGUAACCGCCGAGCUAUGCAAACGGUGGUCCCAAGUGGGCGCCUUUUACCCGUUGAGUCGAAACAAUCACGACAACCCUAACGAUCCCGCUCAGGACCCGGCUGUUUGGGCUGAGCGAGGUAACCAGGAUGUGACAAAGGAUGCCCAAACUUCACUCUUGGUCCGAUACGAGGUGCUGCCCUACCUGUACACCCUGUUCUACAAAGCGCACGUGUUUGGAAACACGGUAGCCAGGCCACUGUUCCACGAAUUCCCUACCGAUCCCGAGACUUACGCCAUCGAUCAGCAAUUCAUGUUGGGACCGGUAGCUUUGGUAUCGCCAUUCCUGUUCGAGAACCAAACCACAGUGAGCGCCUACAUCCCGGACGAUGUCUGGUACGAACCGACCCAGGAGUUCGUCAAACUCUACCCGCACACCGGCCACCAAAACCUGGCCGACGGACAAUUCCCGCCCGUAUACCUGAGGGGCGGUCACAUAAUCCCCAUGGGUUUCACCGGACCGGCCAACUCGCAGGCGAUCCGGGACAACCCGAUCACCAUGGAGGUGUACCCGAAAAAUAAGCAAGCUAAAGGCGACAUGUUCUGGGACGAUGGCGAUUCGAUAAACGCCAUCGAGCAAGGUCGAUUUAACUUUUUCGAAAUGGAGCUGUUCCCAAAUUGUACCGUGACCAUUACCAAUAAGAUUAAGGGAUACAACACGGAUAAGCAAUAUGUACUGGGACGUGUUCUGGUGGCUAACACUCAGCCAGCUAAUAUUACGGCGACAUUGGAUGGUAAACCGGUUGAGCCGGCUAUUUUCAAAGAGGAGCAUAAUGACAUCACCGUGAACAUUGAUUUGAAUUCCGCUAAACUCGGACAGACCUGGGUGAUCGAGUGGCAGACCACUGACGGCACUUGCAAUUUGAACUAG